AUGGUUAAGUCAAAGACACAGUCAAAUAAGCGGGAUGACGAGGCAUUGGUCCUUGAUUACCUGAGAAAAACAAAUCGCCCAUAUUCAGCAACUGAUAUAUGUUUAAAUCUUCAUAAUGCGGUUUCAAAAACAGCAUUGGCAAAAAUUCUAACGACAUUGAGUGAAAGAGGAGAUAUUCGCUGUAAAACGUAUGGAAAACAGUCAGUUUAUGUUAUUGAUCAAGAACAAUUUGAAAAUCCUUCUUCUGAAGAAUUGAGUGUUAUGGAUGCACGUAUUGAAGAACUUCGCAAACAAAUUACUGAAACUCAGGAAAAAAAUAAACAAAUGAAACAAGCACUUCAAUCAUUAUUAGUACAAAAAACAACUGCUGAAUUACAAUCAUUAUCAAAGGAUUUAGAUCAACGUAUUUCCACUCUUAAUACUCGAUUAAAUUCUUUACAAUCUGGAACUGCAAGGCUAAUUUCUUCUGAAGAAAAAGAUGCUAUUCAAAAAAACUAUGAAAAUAUGCGUAAACUAUGGAAAGACAGAAAAACUCUUUUCUCUAAUUUAUGGGAUGCUAUUUCCGAAGGUGAAUCUUCUCCAACUGAACUUAAGGCAUUCAAUCAUAUUCAAUCAUAUUUAAUUAUAUUUAAAAAUAACAUUUUAUUAGGAACGUUUAGGCAUUGA